AUGGCAACCAUUUUGACAGAGCGUGGUUUUGAUGUCAAAAAUUUAAAGGCCCAAUGUAAAAACUUUGAGUGUGCUGCUGGAGUAACUGAUUGCUGCUGCCGUUGUAUUCUCUAUAGUCAGCCUGACUUCACAAAUGUCAAGUCAUUCUUGGAAACUACUUGCAAGGCCAGGGGUUUUCAGGUCAUUUUCCUUCCGAAAUUCCAUUGUGAGUUAAAUUUCAUCAAGCAAUGCUGGGGUUUUGUGAAGCGGCUUUAUCGCACCUACCCCAUGUCAAUGAAGGACAGUGACCUAGAGAUCAAUGUAGUUAAGGUGCUGGAUUCCGUUCCUAUUGCCAGCAUGCAGAGGUUUGCAAUGAGAUCGCAGCGCUUUAUGGACGCUUAUCAUAGAGGCCUAAAUGGGAAGCAAGCUGCUUGGGCAAUGAAAAAGUAUUGUGGACAUCGUGUCCUUCCUGAUUCAAUCCUGAGCAAGCUUGAUUCAGCAAAGAUACUAUGUGAGGUUUGCUGA